UGAUGAAGGAGGAUGUCUGCGAGGAUGCGGUCGGUGUGAGGUGCGAUGUGAGGGCCGGCAGCCGCGCCUCCGCCGCGUCAGCGUCAGUCUGCGCGCAGCCGCCGCCGUCGCUGAACGUGCUCGCAAAUAUCUCUCCCAGACAUUACAAGCCGGCCUUGGCGCUAUUUCGACCAGUUCCCGCGCUCCGUUCUAUUUAUCUUACGUAUUAGAAAAUUUCAUCACUAGUCCACAUAAUGUCGACGGUAGUGGACUUCGCGUUGGGAGGAGAGGCGCGCGUCAACGGACAUGGCUCACAACUAAACGGCUCUACUCAGCUGAACGGCUCAGCGCAGCACAACGGCUCAGCGCAGCACAACGGCUCAGCGCAACACAACGGCUCAGCGCAACACAACGGCUCAGCGCAACCAAGCGCAGGGCGCGGUCUGUGGGAUGCACAAUUUUUGCCUCCCCCUUUAGUGUUGGAAGAUCGCAGUCGUGCUCUAAAGGUUGCAGCGCGGUUGUCGGGGCUGGUGUUGUGCGGGCGGACGCUGGUGCGUGUUGGGGAGACCUUCGCGCGAGAGCUGGAGCGCGGGCUGUGCGGCAAGCCCUCCAGCCUGCAGAUGGAGAACACCUACGUGCCUGAGCUGCCCGACGGCACCGAAGAGGGCGUGUUCCUGGCGCUGGACCUGGGCGGCACCAACUUCCGCGUGCUGCUGCUGCAGCUCGCCGCCGAUAUUAAUUAG